AUGGCUACUGCUGCAGCCCAGCAAGGUGCACGUGCCGCGGCGGACCGAGCACGGACAGGGUUCUUCGAAGUCCAGGCCUACAUCUCGGAAAACCCGACCAGCCUGAAGAUCCUGUGCUUCUGCUCGGGCUUGGCACUGAUCGCUUUCAGCCUCCUUGGGCUUUUCAAUCCCUUCGGCCUCAACAUCAUUCCCAAGGACCAGCUGUGCAACUUGUACAACGUCUUCUUCGGGGUCAUUAUCUGUGUCUGCGAUGGCAAGGAGUCGUGGCUGAGAGCUUGUGGGGAUCUACAGGGCACCCUCUUCCGCAGGGCCUACUUCUUGGCCAGCCAGACUGGGCGGUCUCUCUUCUAUUUGUACGUGGGGACCAUGACGCUGCUGUUGCUUCCGGGCGGCAUGCUGGACUUCUUCAACCGGAUCAUCGGGAUCGCUUUGUGCGUCUUGGCCAUGUUGAUGCUGGCCAGGGAUUGGUGCGCCCCUCUCUGUUGCAAGGACAGCUACAACCAGAUGGGCUCCGGCUCCCAAGUGUAA